CGAGACUGUCCACUUCAAAAAUAUGACUGAAAUAGCCAAUCAUAGCUAUUUCUCAAAAGAAUGAAACGACUGUGAUUGGUGCAAUCAGUGUUCGCACACCAACACACAACAAUGUCGAGAGGAGCUGGAGGAGCUGAGAGAAGUGACAGGCAGUGAACAGCAUGGUGGAAUCCUUCUACUAUGAGUGAACAAGCACGUACAGGCACACAGUCACACAGUGCAGGCACUGACAAGUGACAGGUUAACUUGUGAGCCGCGGAAGAGUGCGAAAAACAUGAGCAGAUCGCAGGAAAAAUCUGUCGAAGAGGAUGAAAUUAAUCUUUUCAAUCCCACUAUAUUGGAUAGAUUGCCGAUAUCGCACAUUGCUGGGUUACUUAUCAGACCGCUAAAGAGUACAGAUUAUGACAAAGGUUUUUUAGUUCUUCUAUCACAAUUGACAGAUGUUGGAAAUGUCACUAAGGAACAAUUCUUAAAUAGAUUCUAUAGUAUGAAGACCGCUAGUGGUUACUAUGUUGUCGUCAUCGAGGAUGUAAAUUCUGGAAAAGUGAUAGCAUGCGCGUCUUUAGUCGUAGAGCAGAAAUUUAUUCAUAAUUGUAGCUUGCGAGGACGCCUGGAAGACGUAGUGGUUAACAACAAUUACAGAGGGAAAUCAUUGGGAAAAUUAAUAGUUUCGAUCGUAGUACAAUUAGCUCGUUAUUUUCGUUGUUAUAAAUUAUCCUUGGACUGCGUAGAUCGUUUGGUACCAUUUUACGAGAACAUAGGCUUCAAGCGGGAAACUAACAAUGCCAAUUAUCUCAAUAUGCGCUUCCAUAGUGAAAAUGCCACUGAACAGUCUCAUUUAUAGUAACUGAUACAUUGUACUUGACUUUAUCUGUACCGGCGAUCACUUGAUUACAAUACUUACUUGUUCAGUAUAGCAUACAUAUAAACUGAAAAACUGAAAUAUUACAACCUGAAUUACAUUAAGUUCAAAGAGAUAUUUGGAUAUUCCUUGUAAUUUGUUCUCUCUAUGAAGAGAAUCUCAUUACUAAAAAAAUUUACGAAGAAAUUGAUAUGCUUU